AUGGUUAUCCCACCUCCUCCACCACACAUUCGUCCACAAUCUGAUUUUGGCAGCCCUCAAAUGGUCAUUUCAUCCCCUCCACAACACAUUCAUCUUGAAUUGGAUGUUGGCGGCCCUCAGAUGGUGAUUCCAUCACCUCCUCCACACGUACAUCCUCAAUCAGAUGUAGGUGGUCCUCAAAUGGUCAUCCCACCUCCUCCUCCACAUGUUUGUCUACAAUCUGAUGUCGGCGGCCCUCAAAUGGUCAUCCUACCUCCUCCGCCGCAUGUUCGUCCAGAGUUUGAUGUUGGCGGCCCCCAAAUGGUCAUCCCAUCUCCUUCGUCGCACGUUCGUCCACAUUCAGACAUCGGUGGCCCUCAAAUGGUCAUCCCACCUCCUCCGCCGCACAUUCUUCCCCAAUCAGACGUUGGCGGCCCUCAAAUGGUCAUUCCACCACCUCCACCGCAUGUUCGUCCAAAAUCAGAUGUCGGUGGCCCCCAAAUGGUCAUCCCAACUCCUCUGCCACACGCUCGUCCUGAAUUAGAUAUUGGCAGUUCUCAGAUGGUCAUCCCACCUCCUUCGUCGCAUGUUCGCCUACAGUCAGACAUCGGUGGUCCUCAAAUGGUCAUCCCACCUCCUCCUUCGCAUGUUCGCCCACAAUCAGAUGUUGGUGGCCCUCAAAUGGUCAUCCCACCUCCUCCACCACAUGUUCAUCCACAGUCUGAUGUCGGCGGGCCCCAAAUAAUCAUCCCAUCUCCUCCGUUGCAUGUUCGCCCACAUUCAGAUGUUAGUGUCCCCCAAAUGGUUAUCCCACCACCUCCGCCGCAUGUUCACCCACAUUCAGAUGUUGGUGGACCUCAAAUGGUCAUUCCACCACCUCCACCGCAUGUUCAUCCACAGUCAGACGUUGGCGGUCCCCAAAUGGUCAUCCCACCUCCUCCACCGCACUUUCAUCAACAAACAGAUGCUGGUGGUCCUCAGAUGGCCAUCCCACUACCAUCACCUCAUGUUCGUCCUCAAUCAGAUGUUGGCGGCCCUCAAAUGGUCAUUCCACCACCUCCACCGCACAUUCGUCCCCAAUCGGAUGUCGGUGGCCCCCAAAUGGUUAUUCCACCACCUCCUCCUCCACACAUUUCACUCACAAACUAA